UAUUUCUCUCCCUCUCUCUGAAAUCAAUAAAUAAAUUUUAAAACUUAAAAAAAUAGUGAAGCCUGGCCCGUCCUGCAGCCCCUGGGGGUCUGUCCCGUGUGUCCCGUGUGUCCCCCAGCGGCUGCUGCUGCUGAAGCCCAUCCCGAGCCCGAGGCGCACCUGUGGGGCCAUGUCUGGCCGACAGGCUGUGAAGCCCCAGGCUGCCAGCGCGGCUACAGCCAAGCACCGUCCCUUCCGUGCAGCCCAGUCAUGGCCUGGUGUCUGCGGGGCCUCAUGGGUCUGGUCAGGUUCUCGCCUUUCUGGGUCUGUGCACCGCCUGUCCUGGGGCAGCAGGACCCGGUCCAGCCGGUGCUGGUGGGAGGCGCAGGGAUCGGACGGCCCGUGGCCAGGUGCUGCGCCUGCGCCUCCCCUCACACCAGGGCCGAGUGGAGACAUCUGUGCACAUGGCUGACUCCGUGGACGGCAGCCACGCUCUGCGCCCACAGAUGCUGAGACAGCCCCGGGUCCAGCAUUAAUGUGACACACAGGCUCACUGCUGCCACUUGGGUUUCGUUCCAAAGUCAGACGGAACCUGGUCCGCCUGGGUCAGCAGGAGGUGGGGGUGGCCGGGCUGCCCUGUUGCUCAUGGCGGAGUCUCGCACCUGCUGCGCCCGGCCAGGGACCCUGGAGGCCAAGACGACCGACCAGACCCCAUCCCCUGACCGAGCCCCCUGCACGGCCUGGGCUCCCGGUGAGGACGGACCUGUCUCCUCAGGCUCCCUGGUUGGUGCAGAGCCUCCUGCAGCCAUGGAGGAGGAGGAGGAGCAGCCGGCUCAGGAGACCAACACGGACCCCGCGGGGACCUCGGGAGCUGCGGAGAUGGUGCCCAGGGCGCCUCCCGGAGAACCCCAGAACCUGUGUUCGUGCUCCCAAGACCACGCGGUGCUGGGCGGCGAGGGUGGGCCGCUCCUGGGUUUGUGGACGGGCCCUGCUGCCCAGGGCGUGGGGGGCUCUCCCUGUGGACAGGAGUUGGAGGCCGAGGACGGGAGCCGGGUGUACGUGGUGGGCACUGCCCACUUCAGCGACGACAGCAAGAAGGACGUGGUGAAGACGAUCCGCGCGGUGCAGCCGGACGUGGUGGUGGUGGAGCUGAGCCCCUUCGCCCUCUCCCUCACCGAGUGUCAGGCAGAGGAGGAGGAGUUGGGGACUCUGAGCAGGCUGGCGGCCUCUCUGCAGAACGGGGUCAUGUCGGGGCUGAUGCAGAUGCUGCUGCUGAAGGUGUCGGCCCACAUCACGGAGCAGCUGGGCAUGGCGCCCGGCGGCGAGUUCCGCGAGGCCUUCAAGGAGGCCAGCAAGGUGCCCUUCUGCAAGUUCCACCUGGGAGACCGGCCCAUCCCCGUCACCUUCAAGAGGGCCAUCGCCGCGCUGUCCUUCUGGCAGAAGGUCAAGCUGGCCUGGGGCCUGUGCUUCCUGUCGGACCCCAUCAGCAAGGACGACGUGGAGCGGUGCAAGCAGAAGGACCUGCUGGAGCAGAUGAUGGCGGAGAUGAUCGGCGAGUUCCCCGACCUGCACCGCACCAUCGUCUCCGAGCGUGACGUGUACCUGACCUACAUGCUGCGGCAGCUCCAGGCCAAGCGCUCACUCCGGCUCCAGACCGGGGACAACGGGGCUCGUCACGAUAUUUUAUGA